AUGGCGACAGUUGAUGAUGUGGAUCCCGUCAUCUACCCUGCAUUCUGUUUCAAGGCCUCACCAACGCAUUUCGCCUGGGUGAAGAUGGCAGUGGCAGAUGUGCAUCGACUACAGAAACCGCGCAACUUCGAGGUGGCAGGUGUCAUCGUAGCCAGAACAGACGUCUUCCGUCGCACAAUCCUCACACUAGAUGAUAGCAGUGGCGCCACCAUUGAAGUCGUGGUACUACACUCAACCGAUCCCAAGCACACAGAAUUAAACUCAAAUAUCAAAUCCACAACAACCCAUGCUAGCGGAUCUAUACUAAAGACCCAAACUCAAACUGAGGGUGUCACAGGUAGUCAGGAUGAGAUAGAUCCGGAUCCAAAUGCCUACAUUAUUACCGGUGGCAGCACGGUAAAAGACAAAGUUCUUCCAAACCAGCCAGUCCAUAUCAGCGCAACGGACCAAACAAUUCUCGACAUCGCGGCCUUGGUCCCUGGGACAACAAUCAAAAUAAAAGGGACACUGGGGUCCUUCCGGUCGAUUAUGCAGCUGCAACUGGAACGCUUUACGAUUCUUCGAGACACGAACGCGGAGAUGGCGUUCGUUUUCGAACGACUUCAGUUUCUUGUUGAGGUUCUUUCUGUACCGUGGGUGCUUCUUGAUGAGGAAAUUGAGCAAUUACGACGGGAGGGAGAGGAGGGGGAUAUACGGGCUGCGGAGGAGAGGGAACGGGCUCGGAAGAAGAUUAAGAGGCGGGAAGAGAGGGAGGAGAAGGAUGGGAGGCAAAUUGCGAGGAAGUAUAAAGCUGAGGAAAGGAAACGGGAGAAGGAGGCGGGUGUUUGUAGGGAGCAUGGACUUAGGGUUAUGGAGGAGAUUCAGGAGAGGAAGAGGAGUUACAAGAAGAUGGAUUCGGCUUAA